AUGGAAAAUGCCUCCAAUUCCUCAGCGUUCCUGUCAACCUUAUCUGAAGGAGAAGACCUGAUUUUUGGGACCCUCUAUGCACUCUUUGGUGUAGUGUCCCUCUUUGGAAACGCUCUCCUCCUCCUGGUAGCCUAUCGGAAGAGAGCCAUCCUGAAGCCUGCUGAGUUCUUUAUUGUGAACCUUGCCAUCAGCGAUGUUGGCAUGACUGUGACCCUCUUCCCAUUGGCCACACCGUCCUUCUUUGCACACAGGUGGCUGUUCAACCAUGCCACGUGCACCUUCUAUGCCUUUUGCGGAGUUCUCUUUGGCCUCUGUAGUCUCACCAGCCUGACGGCACUAAGCACGGUGUGCUGCUUGAAGGUCUGUUAUCCGGCGUAUGGCAAUAAGUUUUCUCCCACAUAUGCUGGUGCACUCCUAGUGUGUGUCUGGCUCUAUGCCCUCAUCUUUGCAGGAGCUCCUCUAGCUGACUGGGGCAGUUAUGGACCGGAGCCAUACGGGACUUCUUGCUGCAUCAAGUGGAAAGCGUCCACCAGGGAAGCCAAGUUCUACAUCGUGGCCCUCUUUGUCUUCUGCUACAUCAUCCCUUGCAUCCUGAUCUUCAUCUCUUACUCCCUCAUCCUUUGGACUGUGAAAGUGUCCAGAAGAGCAGUCAAGAGGCACAUGUCGCCACGGGGCAAAACCAGCAGUGUCCAUACCCUGAUUGUCAAGCUCAGUGUUUCUGUGUGCAUUGGGUUUCUGGCGGCUUGGACCCCCUAUGCCAUCGUUGCCAUGUGGUCAGCCUUUGGAGAUGCCAGCCAGGUGCCAGUUCUGGCCUUUGCCCUCUCUGCUGUAUUUGCCAAGUCGUCGGCAACCUACAACCCUCUGGUUUAUCUGCUCUUCAAGCCCAACUUCCAGAAGUUCCUUUCCAAAGACCUGUCACUGUUGCAGGCUGUCUGUGCGGUCUUCUGCUGCAGCCGGCCCAGGGUCAUCAGCCUCCAGUCCUUCCACACACGCAGUGGUAGAGCUUCCAUGAGGUUCUCCACGGCUUUCACCGACCCCCGCGGCUCCUGCAGGAACUGCACCGACACUUUCGAGUGUUUCAGUAACUAUCCUCGGUGCUACAGGCUGACUCCGAAGCCUGACACGACCCCCAAGCCCAAGCCCCUGGCGAUCCUGGCAGACGGAACGACUUGCCGGCCAAGUCUGAAGAGAACCGUGCAGGUCAUGGUGCUCGUCACGAGGAAGAAGACAGGAAUGGGGACUGUGAAUGUGGCCGGGGAUGUGCUGCCUUCAAAUAUUGUGAAGGACCUUAUCUAA